AUGUCCGUACAAUCUCUUCAUCAUGGCAGGUAUAUUAUGAUUGCUUAUAGCAAUGUGGCUUCUGUUUUUUUGGCUUACAGUGCUUUAAAUGUUUUUGCUGUUGGUGCUGGGUCAGCUCGUUCAAAAUUUGAAAAGCUUCUUCACAGUUCUCUCAAAAAGGCCUUUGAGGACUACAAAAGGAAUGCUUUUCUGGAGGCUGACUUGCAAUGUUCUAAUAAAGUUCAGAACAUGGAAUCAAAGGUGCGAGCAGCAUGUAACAGUUCGAAUGCAAAAUUAGAUGACAUAGUCAGGCUCCUUGAUGACCUACUCACAGAGUAUGAGUCAACGGCCUAUGGUCCUGGAAAAUGGAAAAGGCUAGCCACAUUCUUACAGCAGUGUUUGGCUGGCCCUGUUCUAGACCUUUUCAGAAGACAGUUAGAGCAUAUAGAUGCUGAAAGGAACGCCCUGAGAUUGAAAUGCAAUUCAAGAGAUGUGGAACUAUCUGAGAAGAUAUUCUAGUGGUGGAGCUACGAACAAUAAUCCGAUGUCCUGAUCGAGAGCGAUGGAGCUAAUGUUUGAACUUGUGUGUUUGAACUUGUGAACUAAAAAUGUGCAUUAUGGAUGUGAACUUAUGUAUUUGGACUUAUGUGAAUUUGUGAACUUAUGUAUUUGGACUUGUGUGAAUUUGUGAUAUGAAUAUAUAUCCAU